GAGAAGAAAGCGAAGCUCAGCGAAAGGCGCCCUCGGACCACAUCGGACGCGACGAGCCUCGAGGCCAGACCGACUCUGGCGUCGUCAUGAAGUAAAGAAAAGACUGAAGAUUGGCAGUGGCAGAAAAAGAGGAAGAAGAAUGGAGGCCAAGGCAAUGUAAUAACGGCGAGGAGUUGCAGCUGCGGGGCUGGUCGUGGCGGUGUUGGGAUCGUUGUGGAGGCAGAGCGUGGGCAGGAUGAUGAAGAAGAAGAAGAAAGGCAAAUGGUGUGGCGAAGGCGGGUGCCUUUCGACAGGCAGGAGGCGCAGGGAUGAUUGGAGCUCGGAGCUGGAGUACGAGAAGGAUUAUGAGAAAUAUGGCCGGGAGUACGAGAGGGAGUAUGCGAGGUUGUGCGAGCUGCAGAGAUCGCUCACUCCCGAAGAGCGGUCGAAGCGCAGCGAGGCCACGUCCACGACAUUCGAGGCGCCGAGCUUCAGUCGACGCUACUCCAGUUUCGAUCAUUUUGAAAUCACCGAAGACCGUCUGGAGCAGGAGCUUCGGAAUGUUUCGGACCAAAAAGUGGAAGAAGAAUCUGAUUUUGACGUCGAGCUGUUGGAAAAGUUCAUGCGGGAGGCCGAGGAAGCUGAGAACCUCGAGGCUGUUCGGAAACAUGAGGAGGAGGAGAAGGAGAAGGCGCGCAAGAUGCGAGAGGAGAUGAGCUGGAGAAAGCGGGAGGAGGAGAUUGCGCGCAGGAAGAAAGAAGAGCUAGCUCGUAGACAGAGAGAAGAGGAAGAGAUGGCCCGUCGAAGGAGAGAGGAGGAAGAUUUCGCGCGUAGAAAGAGGGAAGAGGAAGAGUUUGCCCGUAGAAAGAGAGAACAGGAAGACUUCGCCCGAAGAAAAAGAGAACACGAAGAUUUUGCCCGCAGAAAAAGAGAACAGGAAGAUUUUGCACGCAGAAAAAGAGAACAGGAAGAUUAUGCCCGCAGAAAAGGAGAACAGGAAGAUAUUGCCCGUAGAAAGAGUGAGGAGGAAGAGUUUGCACGCAGAAAACAAGAAGACGAAGAGAUUGCACGCAGGAAGAGAGAAGAGCUAGCGCGCAAGAAGAUGGAGGAUGAAGAGAUUGCCCGGAGAAAAAGAGAAGAGUUUUUGCGCAGAAGGGGGGUGGAGGAAGAGAUUGCACGCAGAAAGCAAGAGGAGGAAGAGCAACUGGAAGGAUGGCAAGCGCAGCACGACUUGUCAUGGAUGUCGUUCACACAGCAGGCGCGAAAUCGAGCUCUAGGAGUGACUGCCACCAGCGACAGAAUCGACAGGAUCCAAAGAACAGACAGCGAGAGAUAUGACGCAAGUCCGAGUGUAAGUGGCAGGAGCACGUGGAGUGAUGUCGGAGAUAUUAGUGGCAGGAGGGACCUCAGCUUUAGCGGCGGAUGGCAGAAUGAGUGGAGAGAAGUGGAGAUUCUGGAGGAGGAGGAGCAGGAGGAAGAGGUCAAGCUGAUUAGAAAUCGAACCAGGCGGGGAAAGGAGCUUGCAAGGGACGAUUUCGAUGAUGGCACAUCUUCCUCUGCAUCAGAACAGCCUCCGGACGAGUGGGAUAUUGGGAAACCUACUGUAUACUCUUUCUCCCCUUUGCAUCUGGGAGCUGGAUUUCAGCGCAGAUUUCAGAGGAGACGGAAUGAAUUAAUGAGUAGGUUUGAGCAGAAGCUUUUAAAAGCCGCGAAAGUACCCCAGAGUAAAUUCUACAGACGACUGCACUUCGCAGCAAUGGUCGUGAUGGGGUUUUUGGGUGUCGCUUUAAUGUUGAUCUUAUUCUUACUAUAUCUAAGUUUUCUUGCUAGAGUGAGACCUCCGGGUGAGUGCGAAAAUCAGAGAAUUAUACUCAAUUUCACAGCAACACGCAUUCGACUGAGAGGUGGAAGAUAUCUCUCGUUUCGUGAACAAGGAGUUGGGGCGGAUAGAGCAGAGCACUCAGUAGUCGUAGUGCACGACCUUCUGUCAUCUCGCCUCGCAGGUAUCCCGGGCAUCAAGGCCUCGCUGCUUGAAGAGUACAAAGUUCGACUCAUAGCGUAUGAUCGACCAGGUUAUGGCCAAAGCGACCCUCAUAUGGGCAGAAAUUACAACACAUCUGCCUACGAUAUUGUGGAAAUUGCAGAUGCACUUAAUCUAGGAGACAAAUUUUGGGUAGUCGGUUUCGGAGGUGGAGGACCGCACGUUUGGGCAGCCAUAAACUAUCUACCCGAGAGAUUAGCUGGCGUGGCAAUGUUUGCUCCUGCUGGGAAUCCGUACGUGAACAACAUGACCAAGGAAGAAGUUGAUGAUAUAUGGGGUCUCUUGACUCUGCGUCAAAAGUGGAUGCACAGUAUAGCGAGGCGAUUUCCAGCCCUUCUUCCAACUUUGCUUCAAAGGACAGCUAUCACAAACAGUCCUUAUGUGCCUAGAAAUGUACGACUAAGUCUGGGCCAAAAGGAUCAAGAGUGGAUGGAACAACCAGACGUCAUGACGGCAUGGCAGGAAGAUUUGAAGGAGUCUUUGCAGCAGGGUUGUGCAUUUCCAAUGGCUGAGGAGCUAAUGAUGCUUGUGAACGAUUGGGGAUUCAGUCUAUCCGACCUGCCCUUCGGGGAACGUACUGCAAAGACCAUCUUCCACCAUGUGGUCGGCCUGUUCGCUGGGAAAGCAAAACCCAAGAUUUAUGAGGGUCCAAUUCACAUUUGGCAGGGUACGGAUGAUCAGCUUGUACCCGUGACAAUCAACAAUGUAGCCAAGCGGUUAGUUGAGCAAAACGACCUCUUGGACUUGGAAGCGAAGUCUUCACCAGUGAAACUUCAUUACUUGCCAGGAGAAGGACACUUUUCUUGGUUCUGGUUUUGUGAUGAAUGUCAUCGAAGAAUUUUCCAGACCUUAUUCCGACCAGAUGCAACGGUGAAAGCUGAAGAUGCAACUCCGUUUUCUUCCAAAGGUUUCUCAGUAGAUGACUAUGAGUCAAUAGUCAAAGCUCUUGGAAGUCUGAAGGCGAAACAUGACACUUCUGCUGUAGAGGAUGGCCUGGCUGCUGCGGGAAAGACGGUAGACAAGUCGGCGAAGACCUCAGCUCGUGAUGAAGAUUCAAAGGAGGUACCUCAUAACAAGGAGUCCCAAGAUGAGUACUUAAGACAACACAAGGCAGAGGCAACCCUAGAAUCCAAGAAAGAACGAUUCUCUUGGCGUGCUAAGGAGGACACCAGAGAGGUUCAUCCAAUGACCUGCACAGCAACGAACGAGGCCUUAGGCGAUCAAAGUGUCAUGUAUGCCUGCCCAGAAGAUAGUCUGCCCGUUGAAUCGAAGUACACACCAGAUAUCCCUCAUAAUUCCAAGUCAGGGAUGAGUUCCACGUCCAAGUCUGUAAGGCGAAGAGACAACUCAAAAAAUAUUAAGAAUAGAACAGGCGCUAUAGGGACAUAUUUGGAAGGACUGUCAACUCUAGUAAAAAGGCUGGCCCGAAGUCGAUGAAUGUAAUUUAGAAGUCUCACAUUCGUCGACUGGUUGGUUCAAUGGACGUUUAUAUAAUAGCACGCAGCAAUGUGUAAACCUAAAUUGUAUACAGGUUCGUUCGAACUCCAAUAAUUUGAAGUUCCACAAUUCCUGCAAUUGCCUUCGCGCAUCGUGUUGCCAAACUUGGAUUUGCUCACAUCGAACUCCAUCAAUCCUUCAGGCCUAACGAGGAAAGUAAGGUAGAGGAACAAUUUCUAGAGCCACGAAAAGCAGCGUCGUC